GUGAAAGAUAUUCUUAAACGCAUUCCAUGUUUAUAAUUCGAAUUUGUAAACAUUGCGGCUUUCGCUAAUCUUCAAUCAAAAAUGAAUUUUAUUAAAUGUAUAAGGUUCUAUUCGGCAAUGGCUCCAUUAAAAUUAAAAGGAAUGAAAAAAUCAUCUCAGGAAUGGUUACUUAGACAAUAUUCAGAUCCUUUUGUAGAAAAGGCAAAAAUGAUGAAUUAUCGAUGCAGAUCUUGUUUUAAACUUCUUGCAAUUAACGAGAAUCAUAAAUUUUUAAAACCUGGCAAAGUUGUAGUUGAUGUUGGCGCUGCACCAGGAAGUUGGUCACAAAUUUGUGUAACUGAAGUUAAUUCGAAUGGAGCCAAGAAGGGUCAGCCAGUUGGUACUGUGAUUGGCAUUGAUAAACUACAAAUAUACCCAAUCGAAGGAGCAAUAUUUCUAGGCAACACAGAUUUCUCCACAACCAUUGCACAAGAGAAAAUAAAAAAUAUUUUGCAAGGAAAAAAAGUUGAUUGCGUACUGUCUGACAUGGCUCCAAAUGCUACAGGAAUAAAAUCAUUAGAUCAAGAAAGUAUUAUGGAGCUAGCUAAUUCAGUUCUCAAUUUUGCCAUACAACUUCGUUAUUCUAAUCAGAAUCUUAUAAAUACACAAUCUACCUCAGCACCAUCAUCUCAGUCAGUGUCGAGUUCAACAAUUCAUUACGGUCAGAAUUUAUAUCAACAUCAGUCGCAUGAUUACGAUCGCGAUGCGAAGUCAAAAUCGCACAUAACAAAAAGUGAACGCGAUGAAGUGUUACCAUUCCAUAGCAUGAAUCAAACGUGGAAUCCUCCAAAUGGCACUGAUUAUUCUUCACAUUUAUUAUCGGCUACUCUUCCCAUUUCCAUCCAACAUAUUCUUAAAUAUUCUGAAUCUAUCAAAAAGGAAUCAGCAGGAAGUAAUGCCGGAAACAGCAUGUUAACAGGAAGCGACUUAUUGGGCCUGAAAAAUGGUGUGGGAUCGAAUUUAUUGGGAAACGUUGCAUCUAUGGUUAAUCAACAUCAUUUGAAUCAUCAUCAACAUCCAAAUUUCAUGAACGGAAGUGACAAUAACAUGGACCAUCAUCAUUCGUCUACGAUUAACAUUCCAACUCAUAAUCCAAUGCUGUUAAAUCAGCAUCAAAAUGGAAACAAUAUCAAUAUGAAAAGCCCAACAAUGGUGCCGAUUGGUAAUAAUAUUGUACCAACUAAAGUUAAGAAAGAACGAAAAAAGUCUGUCAAACAGCCGAACAUGGAAAAACGUCCGAAAAAGAAAAAGCCACCCAAGGAGCGUAAACCAAGGCCAAAGCCGGGAGAAAUUCGUGAGAAAACAGCACUUGAUGGAACUCUCCUUUAUUGCUGCCCUGAAUGUCAAAUGGCACUUCCUGAGCGAGACUUAGUUGAACAACAUGUCAUCCAACACGCUGUUGAACGAAGAUUUAUUUGUGACAUUUGUAAUGCUGCACUAAAAAGAAAAGAUCAUCUCACUAGACAUAAGCUCUCGCAUAUUCCAGAUCGUCCUCAUGCCUGCAAUAUUUGCAUGAAGACUUUCAAACGAAAGGAACAAUUGACAUUGCAUUAUGUUAUUCAUUCUGGCGAAAAGAAGCAUGUUUGUAACGAGUGUGGAAAAGGCUUUUACCGUAAAGAUCACCUGAGAAAGCAUACACGUUCGCACAUUGCACGCCGUGUCAAAUCGGAAAUGACAGCACAAAACGCAAGCAAUGGUGGCAACACUGCACAUCCCCAACAGGGCAAACUUGUCAUUUAUUUAGUUUUUGUAAAGUUUGCACAAUUUAACAUGGUCGCAUCGAUGGAAGAUAAAAAAAAAUCUCUUGCUUUAAAGCUUUUUGAAAUCUCAGCUUUUAAAUUUGGAGAAUUCACAUUGAAAUCUGGUGAAAAGAGUCCAGUUUAUUUCGAUCUUAGAGUGAUGGUAAGUCACUACGAUGUAAUGGAUGCUCUUGCCGAUUUAAUACACGAGUUCAUACAAGAAAAAGAAGUUCAAUGUGAUCAACUUUGUGGUGUUCCAUACACAGCACUUCCACUUGCAACUCUUUUGUCGGUGAAAAUGAAGCAACCGAUGUUGAUUCGACGUAAAGAAGCGAAAUCUUACGGCACGAAGAAAUUAAUUGAAGGGAAAUUUCAGCCAGGUGAAAAUUGUUUAAUUAUCGAAGAUGUUGUCACCACAGGUUCCAGUAUUAUUGAAACUGCAAAUGAUCUUAAGGAAGAAGGACUUACAAUUGAAGAUGCGAUUGUUGUUGUUAAUCGUGAACAAGGCGGUGUUGAAAAUAUUGAAACGAAUGGAAUGAAAAUGCAUUCAAUUUUUAGCCUCACUUAUUUGCUAGAAACACUUCGAGAUGCUGGAAAAAUUGAUGAAUUGAUGGUGAAAGACGUGCAUGAAUAUAUAUCCAAAUCUAAAGUGAAACUUCCCCCUUCUGCACAAAAAUCUAAGAGACUGUUGAUGAGUUUCGCUGAAAGAGCAGAAGUGGCCAAGUCAGAAGUUUCCAAGAAACUCCUAAAAAUUAUGGACAUGAAAAAGACAAAUUUAUGCUUAGCUGCUGAUGUCACUAAAUCAGAAACAAUCUUAAAUCUGGCUCAAGCAGUUGGGCCAUUUAUUUGUAUAUUGAAAACUCAUGCAGACAUUAUUGAAGAUUUUAAUGAAAACUUUGUUAAAUCUUUACAAGGAUUAGCGACAAAACAUAAUUUUCUCAUCAUGGAAGAUCGAAAAUUUGCUGACAUUGGCAACACAGUGUCACUUCAGUAUUCGAAAGGAGUUUUUCGUAUAAAUGAAUGGGCUGAUUUAGUGACAGCACAUUCUUUGCCUGGUGAUGGAGUUGUCAAAGGUUUAAUGGAAGUUGCGGCAAGUUCAUCUGAACGAGGUGUUUUCUUACUAGCAGAAAUGUCAUCUGAAGGAAAUUUAAUCACAUCUGAAUUCAAAGAAAAGACGAUGAAAAUUGCUGAGACUUAUCCAGACUUUGUUGCUGGAAUUGUAGGACAAAGUGCUGAUCUAAUUAAAGAUCCUGGAAUGAUUCAAUUGACACCUGGUGUUAAACUCGAAGAAGGUGAAGACAGUUUGGGUCAAAAGUAUAAUUCUCCUGAAUAUGUAGUAAAGGAGAAAGGUGCUGACAUUGCUGUCGUUGGACGUGGAAUUAUAUUGAACAAGAACCCUGAAGCAGUUGCAAAGACAUAUCGUGAUCGCUUAUGGGAAGCUUACAACUCAAGAAUUAAUGCAAAAUAA